GCCACAGGCAUGAGCGUUCCUCGACCCUGAACUUCCGGAAGUACUACUCGGCAACCCGGAAGUUAUUGCUUGGACGCGCGUGCGCUCUGUCUCACGUUCGCUGUGAGACGUAGAGCAGAAGUACCGAAGCCGCUAGCGAGAUGCCUGUGGCGGUGGGUCCCUACGGACAGUCCCAGCCAAGCUGCUUCGACCGCGUGAAGAUGGGCUUUGUGAUGGGCUGCGCCGUGGGCAUGGCGGCCGGCGCGCUCUUCGGCACCUUUUCUUGUCUAAGGAUCGGAAUGCGGGGUCGGGAGCUGAUGGGCGGCAUCGGGAAAACCAUGAUGCAGAGUGGCGGCACCUUUGGCACAUUCAUGGCCAUCGGAAUGGGCAUCAGAUGCUAAUCAGGGCAACUGAUGCCUGCUAUAUCUACCCCCUCUCCAUAAGUCCCCAACCAUGUACUAUAAUAAAACAAAUCUUUGAGUA